UGUUGUGUGGGAUUUUUGUGUUACCUUCCCCCGCAUUUCGAUUCGAUUCGGAACGAUUCCUUUUCUUGAACCUUCGCCUCCCCAUCCCAAGCGAUUCUCUCGCGUCGCCAGCUCUUCCCUUUCUGUGUCUCUCCCUCUCGGAGGUUUGUGAAACCCUAACCCUCCCGCUCCUCGAUCACGUGUCCGGACGGCAUCGAUUUUGAUUCCGAGCUUUGAUUACGGAUUUGGCAUCGAUUGCUUUGUGUGACACUAUGGCGGGGGUUGGUAAUACUCAACAAAGCAUAAGAAAAGCUCUUGGAGCACUGAAAGACUCUACAACAGUUGGAUUAGCAAAAGUGAACAGUGAUUACAAGGAACUGGAUGUUGCCAUCGUCAAAGCAACUAACCAUGUUGAACGGUUGGUUAAGGAGAAACACAUAAGAACUAUUUUUGAUGCUAUAUCAGCUUCAAGACCCCGUUCUGAUGUUACAUACUGCAUAAAUGCUCUGGCCAGGCGGCUAGCAAAAACUCACAAUUGGGCUGUUGCAUUAAAAACCUUGAUUGUUUUACACCGUGCUUUGAGAGAAGUUGAUCCAACAUUUCGAGAGGAGCUCAUCACUUAUACCAAGACAAGAGGAUUUAUGCUGAAUUUGUCCCAUUUCAAGGAUGAUUCAAGUCCAAGCGCAUGGGACUAUUCUUCUUGGGUUCGAACAUAUGCUCUGUAUUUGGAGGAGCGGCUAGAAUGUUUUCGCGUACUCAAAUAUGAUAUUGAGACAGAACGCUCUCGGACUUCAGAAGCUGAAACUAUUGAAUUGCUUGAGCAUUUACCUGCACUGCAGCAGCUUCUUUUUCGACUGCUAGGUUGCCAGCCAGAAGGUGCAGCUAUGUAUAACAAUGUGAUUAGAUAUGCACUAUCAAUUGUGGCAAGUGAAAGCAUCAAGAUAUACAGCUCCAUAAAUACUGGAACUCUUAACCUGGUUGAUAAGUUCUUUGAGAUGCCACGUCAUGAUGCUGUUAGGGCAAUUGAAAUUUAUAAGAAGACAGGAAGUCAGGCAGAGAGGCUAUCGGAGUUCUAUGAGAUCUGCAAGGGUCUUGAAGUUGGUAGGGGUGAAAAUUUUGCAAAAAUUGAACAGCCUCCAGCAUCAUUUAUCGAGGCCAUGGAAGAUUAUGUGAAAGAUGAUACAUGUGCUUCUCAAAAUAAGAGUGUGGUGAACAGUGAAAUUUCUACCACUCCAAAACCUGUUCUAGCCGUGGUUCAUUACUCAAAGGAUAAACAGAAUGACCCGGAGGCAACCCCAGCAUCACCUGAACCACCAGCAACUGAAACUGCUGAUGCUCCACUAAAAGCACAGACAACUGAUCUCCUGGAAUUGGAUGACUUCAACCAUCGCGCAGAAGAAAUGGAAGAGAAAAAUUCCCUAGUCCUUGCUAUUACUGCUGAUGAUAAUCCUUUAAAGAGUACUUCUGAUGAAACAAGCGGGACUUCUGGGUGGGAGCUUGUACUUGUUGGCACACCAAAUUCUAAUGAAAAUUCUGUUGCACAGAGCAAACUGGCUGGUGGACUCGAUAGACUAACACUGGACAGUUUGUAUGAUGACGCUUUUGCAAGAACCAUGAAUCCUGGUGGUGGUGGUGGUGGAUAUCACACAGGUCAGGUGGCACCAAAUCCCUUUGAUACUUCACAUUACUUUCAGGACCUUUUCUAUGCCUCAAACGGUAUAGCACCAUCAGCCAGUGUGGAAAUGGCCACAAUGGCUCAGCAACAGCAGCAACAAGCUCUUGGACAGGACGGCACCAAUCCAUUUGGCAACCCAUUUGGUCCGACUGGAGUUCUGUAUGCACAAGAUCCAUCACAUAAUCCAUACACAGGGUACAUGUAGAUUGAAUUGUCUGGAAGUGCAAAGUGGGUGGGUGGGGGGGGGGAGGUUUCUGAAAUCCAAGUGUCAAUGCAGUCAGUUCUCUUUGGCACAACACUGUUUUUUAUUGCUGAGGUGCUGCAUAUUUACUGAGUAGCCUCUCAAAAGUUCCCUGGUGAGAUGUAGGCCUGUAAGUACAUUCUCAUAAUUCACUGGUUAUUAGCUUUUA